AUGGAGGAGGACGUCAAGGGUCUCGAGGAUCUUGCGAGACCAUUUCUCAGCUUCGAGGAAAUUAAAGAGAUGGCAGGGCGGCGCCUAGCGCUCCAAGAAGCAGCGGAGGAGUUAGCUCAAGCAGCGGUUUCGCCACCCGCGCGAGGACAAAUAUCAGGGACGCAAGCCGCUAUUUCACUUCCUGAGGUUACGAGCCCCAGUAGUGCUCCACAAGCGGAACAAGGGGAGAAGUUUGCUCACAUGCAACCAGAUCCGCGUCCAGCAGCACCACAGCCGUGGAUCACCAAGCAGUCCAAAAAGGGACGAUCGAGAGGUUCGUCUAAAGCGGCCACGGGCCAGGUAAAAGCGGUGGCCUCACAGGUGCGGACAGGAGGGCAGGAGCUUAUAGGCGAGGAUGGCGAGGACUGGGCCGAGGAGACAAAAACUAGUUCGGAUGCGUCGGAAGAGAUCAGGGUGCUUCAUUCACGGUCAGCCGGGGCACUUAAUCCAACGGUGGGCUUAUCUGACGGGGCCGGUACGCACUCGCUUCUUACGUCUUCCGAGAAGGCCCGGAAGCAACGGGGGGGCUGGACGUGGGUCGGCUCCGAGUACGACGGGUCCAGUGCUGAUGACUCUCAAGCGUAA